AUUUGACUGAAAACAGGAUGGAUCCUGAUCCUGAUCCGGUCUGUCUCUGUCUCAUUUUAGAUCGUUAACAGGAGGAAGAGUUUGACUGAGAUGAAGCCGGAUCACAGUCAGGACUGGAUCCAAGAACACCUUCAGUCAGUCUGCAUCCAAACCUCUAGUUUUAAACACCAAACGGACUGUGUGGGGUCACACUCUGCCUUCUCCAUGCUGAAUGAAGAACAUCCUCUGAGCCAGCACCCUCGUGAGGCAUCAAAGAAGGAAGGACUUGGAUCUGGAAUGACUACUUGGAAAAGUUUAGAGUGGCUCGACAACCCCAGUGCUUCCUCGGUGUUCAGGAGCUCAGAUGGGAACUGGAUUGCUCUGCAGAGCACCCCACUUUCACGUCCGGACCUGUUGACCAAAAGGAAGAGUCUGGUCUAUAAUGCUUUGGAGGUCGAGUCUGGAGUUGUCUCUCCUUAUGAAGGCAUGGGCUCUGACAAUGAAAACAGGCCGAGCCUGAUUGCUUGUGGAGUGCCAUCCAGCGGGAUGUCUUAA